UAUGCAUCUCUGUCUGUCACAUAACUUUGUUAUGCCUGAUGCAGCAAUAGGCAAUAUAGAUUAAAGUGUUGUUGUACUAUUUAAAACACAUUUAUUUUACAUAGCUAGUUAGAUGGUGAAAACAUAGGAAAGUGCGUCACCUAGUGGCAAAUGGUUUCCACUACGGUCUACACACAAAAUAAUAAUGCUUACACCCUGGUGUCAAGGGACGAAAGGCAAUGAAAUUAAUGAUUGGAAUACAAAUAGCUACAUUUCGAAGGAUUGUCAAUGUCCCCCUAUCCUUGUGGCACUUUUUUUGUUCUUAGUUGUUGUCAAUCCAACAAACAGUGCCAUCACAAACGGGCAUCAAUAUUGACAGUGGCACUGUGUUACUUGUGCACCUAGGCACUUACAAACUGGUAUCACACAUAGCCUAUUAUUGCUACGAUGCAAAAUCAGUUGUCACUACGUGUCUCUAUGUACCCCUCCUCUUUUUCUCUGCCAUAUAAGGCAGGAUGCGAAGCCACCAUAUGAAAUGUUGGCAAGGCACAUCACUGUAAACCUCACAGGCUCUCUUUCAAGAAGUAUUCUUGUGUGAGGGAGUGCUUUGAUUAGCAACACUACUGGUGUAAAGAUAGAAGAAGACCAAUUGGAUUUUGAGGAGAGGCUACAGAAAUAGAAGCAGUAAAAGGUCAGUGUGUACAAAUUCACCCCGUCUCCACUGAAUUACUUUGAUUGAUUGAUUAAUUGAUGUACUAGAAUAAUUGGAGCCUGGUUCAUCACCAAUAAUUACAAUGCACAGCAUAGACAAGGGCGCCCGUGCCUUUCUUUGGGUCUAAGAUGUUUACAAUUCGGGUUGUAAAGAAUGUUGAGUAGUUACAAAUGUUUCACCUUUAUAUUUUUGAGACUGUGAUGAGGAGAAGGAAUUUCCCGAAUAUAUUUUGAUGUCAUUACAACAAUUCUUGCUACUAUGGAAUAAUACAUUUCACUAUUCGACAGCAUCUAUUUGAGCACGAAGUGGGUUUUAUUGACAGUAGCCAAGCAGCACAACAAUAGUAUAGCCUACUGAUGGCAGAAUAUUUAUUUCUAUAGUCUACUCUGAUGGUAAUUAGGCCUACGUUAUUUGCCUGUUUUCACAUCAUUUUUCAUUUAGAGCCCAUCCAUUUGUUGAGCUUAGUCUAACUUCGAAAUGGACUUCGAAAAUGUAUCGAAUGAGAACUGGUCUCAGACGUCUCUCCCAUCAUAUAACUCACCCGAAAGUCCAGCAGAAAAUGAUGUGCCCUACCACAACGUCCUAAUGCCCAGCAUUUUCGGUGUCAUCUGUUUCUUUGGGAUUAUUGGCAACUGCAUUGUCAUCUACACCAUUGUGAAGAAGACCAAGUUCCGAGCCCAGCAGACAGUGCCGGACAUCUUCAUCUUCAGCUUGUCUUUAGUGGACCUCCUCUUCCUCCUGGGCAUGCCCUUCCUCAUCCACCAGCUCCUGGGCAACGGUUCCUGGUGCUUUGGUGACAUCAUGUGCACGGUCAUAACCGCCUUGGACUCCAACAGCCAGAUAGUGAGCACCUACAUCCUCACCGUCAUGACUCUGGACCGCUACCUGGCCACGGUCCAUCCCAUCCGCUUCAACCAUGUGCGCACACCCUGCAUGGCGGGGGCUGCGGUGGGUCUGGUGUGGGUGCUCUCACUGGUCUCCAUCACUCCCGUGUGGAUGUAUGCUGGCCUUAUGCCCCGAGGGGACGGCUCAGUGGGCUGUGCCCUCCUGCUGCCCAAUCCAGCCACUGACACCUACUGGUUUACCCUCUACCAGUUUGUGAUGGCCUUCGCCCUGCCUCUGGUCAUCAUCUGCGUGGUGUUCUUCAAGAUCCUUCAGAACAUGUCUGCCACAGUGGCCCCCCUGCCCCAGCGCAGCUUGAGAGUACGUACACGUAAGGUGACCCGUAUGGCUGUGGCUAUAUGCCUGGCCUUCUUCAUCUGCUGGGCUCCGUACUACAUCCUGCAGCUGGCCCACCUGGGGGUUCAGAGGCCCAGCUUUGCCUUCCUCUAUGUCUACAACAUUGCCAUCAGCAUGGGUUACGCUAACAGCUGCGUCAACCCAUACCUCUACAUUUUGCUGAGUGAGACCUUUAAGAGGCAGUUCAUUGUGGCCAUCCGGCCGAACAAUCGGGUCUUCAGGUUGAACUCUGUCAUGGCUGACGGUAGUGUGAGUCUGAGACUGGCCCCAGAGUGUAAUCAUCAGUCUCAGUCCUCCAGAGACCUACUAGUACACAACAUGCUGCCUGUCACUGUGGCUGUGCACUGAGUCAGAAGCCCUAGCCGAGCCCCAUCCCUCAGCCCUAGUUCCAUGAAUCUGGGCUCUCUCUCAGCUCAGUGGGAAGUGGUGCCCCCAUCAGACAGUCAUGCUCCCAAUGUGUAUGACAGGGUUAACGUGCAAUGUAUGUAGAAAUGCUGAGUGUGUACAGUAUCUAUUUUGUACACAGCAGUACUGUGUUUAUAAGACACUUUUCCCUACAGGGACAUUCAACUUCAUCCUAUUAAUCCUAUCCUAUCAUGCUCUAAUGAAGGAACUGUGAAUACAGGGACUUUGUACUAGUAUUCAGUAGGCAAUUGAACUGUAGGCUAUUAGUAACAAUGUGAACUUUUAUAAAAGGAAGUCAGCCCACAGUUAUCAAUAACACUAUUUUGCAGUUCUGUUUCAAGUGGUAACAAUUUGUAUUUCGUUUUCUUUGAUGAUUUGACAGAAUUCCACUUCAGUUCAAUGUGUUAAAACAGGUUUAUUUGUAGAUAUGUGAUAUUCUGUGAUUCUGUCAUCGGUCCGUCCAGUCAGUGAUCUGAGAUGCAGGGAAAUCACACCUUGUCGUAAUGUAAUCUAUGUCUAUACUGGGACCUGUGUGAUGACUGUGAUCAUUGAGAAAGUUGUGACAUAUUGAUGUAUUAUUGUGGGCUAUCUUCUAAUGUGUUGUCCUUAGUCAUUUUGUAAUAUUGAAUAUGUGCAGCCUGUCUAUUACCAUGUAAUGUCCGUGAUCACCAAGGAAACCUCUAGGUUGUUAUCUUUGGGAAAAUAAUAAUGUUCUGAUGCACGAUACAGUGUUGAAUGACUGCAAUUGAUCCAAAGGGAUUUCUAGAUGUUACAAUAAAGAAUUAAAGCAUGAGACGUAAGAAAAACCCAAUGC